AUACUUGUUAGCAUUUCAUUUACGACCGUUCCAAGACGCAACAAUACAAAGAUUGCAAUUUUUUUUCAACUUAUACCUAUUUAUCGGACGACCUAGUUUAAAAUGGCAUCCUGUUGAUAACUUCAACUCGGUUACGUUUUAAAACACUCUUCGGCACACACCCUACAGAUACAACGUACUGUUUAUGAUUUUUGUCUUUUAUCUAUACAAGUUUGUAAAUUGCAUUCGUAUUCGCUUAUUAGGUCGUCACGAUCUCGCGUGUUAUUUUUAAAUUUUUCAUUUUCAUCGUAAUGUUUUACUAAUGUAAGCUUUCCGGUAAAACUGCCACUAAAAAGACUAAUUCGUAUUGUGCCAAUUAGAAUGGUAUAAAUAGCGAGUUUUAUAAAAUGACCACAACGGACGAUAAUAUGAGCGACGACGUAUUUAUCGGUUCGGACGAAGAAAAUGCUGAUUUAGAUGUACCAAAAAAAAUCACCCCACAUCCUUCUCCAACCGGAUAUCGAGAUUACAAGCCACCGGUACACUUACUGAAAAGCUCACAAGAAUGCCAAUUGCUGCAUAAAGAAUGUUGUAAAUCGCAAAUCGCAAUCGCAAUAACCAAACUUAAAAAUAAAUUAAAAUACCUACGUAGUUCCGGAAUUACUCGUAGUAGUUACGUUCUGCUAAACAUUUCCAAAAGGAAUACGGUUUUCAUCAAUGCAUUCAGCAGAAUAAAAACAUUCAACGUUCCACGAAGACGAUUUUACUCGGAGAUAGCGGAGUUGGUAAAACUACACUGUUGGUGAGAUUCAACACGGGUCAAUUUCAAACAGGAAAUUUUUCUGCCACCGUUGGUAUCGGUUUCACC